CUCAACUCCCCAUAUCCCAUCCUAAAUUCUCUCUCUCUCUCUCUCUCUCUCUCUCUCUCUCUCUAAUUGGUAUGGUGGGGUUUGGGGGAUUCAAAGUUGCCAAGGCAAUAACAUUCAUGAAUCUUCCUCUACAUCCCAUUCCAUUAUAUGCAUGCUAGAGCUUGACUAAAAGGGUAGGGUACUUAAUUCAUCUUCAUUCAAUUACAAUGUCUUCGCCAUUGUUGUUGUUUCUUGCUUGGUUUGGCAUUUGUGAGGCUCUCGAGGGUGUGAAUGCUGCCACUGGUAGUACUGUGAAUGUUGGUAGUAAUAUCUCUAAGGUGGAAGAUGCUUCUAAUUUCCGUAUAUAUUAUGGCCAGUCUUUUAAGGUCAUCAAAAAUAGCCUCGACGGCAAGAGCUAUCUCCUCAGUCAGAAUAACUCAAGAAUGGCAUCAAGGACGAAGUAUUGCACGGGAAGGAUCAAAUCAUUUGUCAUCCCACUAUCGAAUUAUUCGCUGGAUACCAGUUAUUUCCCAGUUUCCUUCUUCGAGCUUCUGGGACUACUAGAAAACUUAAAGGGGAUUACAUCAGACACUGUGGCUUCUCAGUGUGUGCUGAAACUGUACAAUGGGGGGCAAAUUGGGUACAUCAACAAGAGUGAGCCACAGCAGCUAAAACAAUUUACAGCCCACUUCAUUAGCAAUUCUGAUCAAGGGCAAUCUUGUAACUUCGUUACUUUCCUUCCUGCUGAGGAGGACUCACCUCUCAAGAGAGCAGAGUGGAUCAAAUACCUUGGAGUAUUUGCUAAUGUGGAAGUCAGAGCUAAUCAAGUCUAUGCUGCUAUUAAAGAGAACUACAUUUGCUUGACAAAAGCGGCUGCAAGUAAGACGUCGUUCAAACCAAUAGUAGCCUGGAUGGAGUACAAUGCGGGUGUGUGGUCUUUUACAAAGGAAACAUACAAGUUAAAGCUUGUGGAAGAUGCCGGUGGCGAAAAUGUUGACAACUCCAUCAACAGAUUUACCUACAACAUCUCCAUGCCCGACGACUUGGAUGAAUUCCAUGCCAUUCUAUGUACUGUUGAUGUAGUGAUUGAUGAAACCUUUGCUUCUGAUCCAUUGGGUUACAACAUUUCCACCUUUCUCCAAAAUAUUAACCUCGACGAUCAAUCUUGUUUCGCUUUUCUCAUGAAUCAAAGCCUGUGGAGAUACGAUAAGCGGAUCCAAAACAAUAUCCCUCUCGACUGGUACGAUGGAGCAGUGUCCCAGCCUCAACUGGUUCUUGCAGACCUAAUUGAAGCUCUCUUCCCAUCAGGAAAUUACACCACCUCAUAUUUCAGAAAUCUUGGGAAGGAAGAAGGAGUCGUAAAUAUGAGUCCAGAAAUGUGUGAUAGGGAUAGCUCCAUUCCCAUGGACCCUACUCUCAUAGCUUGCAAAUAAAUUUUCGAGUGAUUCCAAUUUUUUGGCCAGUUUAAAAAUUUGCCCUUUGGCUCGAUUGAGAGAGUUCAAAUAUGGAGUAUUUAAUAACUUAAUGUUGAGUGGGUUCCACUUUGCAGUAUAUUGAUAUACAAAAUAAAUACAGUACUUUCCCAUCC